AUGCCUGCGCUACUGAAAACUUGUUAUUCUUGUUAGUUGUAUCGCACAUAUCGCGAAGUUGUUUAUUUUAAAUUUGGGAAUGCCAAAGGAGGAUUGCAAAUACUGGGACAAAUGCUAUCAGCGUAAUGCUGCUCAUUUGUCCAAAUAUAAUCAUCCAGAAAAGCUAGACGAGAAACGUGGAGACGGCGCAGAGAGCAAAAAAGUGGCGCCAAAAAGAAGUGCAUCCUCGCAACCAAAAGAAAAAGAAAAAGAAAAAGAUUUGCUCUCGCAGCCAGAGGAAAAGAUUGAGCCAAACACAAGCUGCUCGAGCGCAGAAAUGGAGCACAAGGAAGAACCCAAGGGAAGCUAUGAGUCCGAAACAGCGGAGCUUCACAAGGAGGCCAUGAGCAACAUAUCCGGGAAGAACUACAUGGAAAUCCUAGAGAAGCGCAUACGCCUGUCCGUGCAAAAAGAGUACGACAAUCUCUGCGAAUCCAACGAGUUUAUCAGGCACAAAUUCCUUGUCGAAAUGCCUUUGGACUUUUACGAGUUUUGGAAAUUUGUUACUGGCCUAAAAAGCGAUCCUUCGAAGCCUAAGGAUGCAAUCUUAGAGCACCUCGACAAAGUAUUCCAGUUGCAGUUGGUAGGUCCCUUUGAAUUUCUGGCCGGCAGAUUCCAUGGAGCAAAACUGGGUGAACCAGGGGACUACCUGCGGCACUGGCGUUUUUACUACGAUCCACCCGAGUUUCAGACGAUCUUUGUGCGUCGAGGUACAGGGAUUCACUAUGGAUACUGGCGAGAUGUGCCGCAGGACAAGGAGAACCUAUUGAUUGCCCGAAGCGACACUGCCAAGGGCUGCGAGAUUAAGUUUGUGGCUGGAAAUGCGUUCGACGCGUUCCUCUACUUCCUGGAACACGACUUUGUGCCCACUCCCUUCUCAGCCGGACAGUUGGCAGGAACUAAAAAAGCAGUACCAAAAUACUUGAGUGACAAUUCCCUUGAGCUGGCCCAGCUGGACCGACUGCAGCGAGAGCGCAAUAAACGAGUGGUGGCCAAGACAUUUCACCGGGCCGGGAUAGUGGUGCCUUUCGAUCGGAAGACGCAGCUUGGCUAUCGUCCACUGCCCGUCAGCGACGCCGAGCUCAAUAAGAUGUUGGCCAUGCUGGAGCAUAAGGACAUCGAUAACGGAGCUGCCAAACAGGCAGUGCUGGAGAAACUGCAGCCGUUGGCCAAUGCAGCAAAUAUAGCCUUAGAUGAAUCGGACUUUGGCAGCGCCCUGGAACUGGGAAUUGAUUUGUUUAGCAGUGGGCACAAGGAGCUGCACAUGCUGGCCUCCUCUUUGCUGGUCCCUGCCUACUCGAUGCUUUCUCGGCCACAAUUCAUCGCCAUCGCCAAGGCGCAUAUGGAGCAGCGCCGACGCGAGGUGAAUCUCAGCAUUUUUGAAGUACUGAAGUAAUUUGUUUUUUAUUCCGCAACCGCAACAUUUUUACAAAAUUAAAUCUAGAAAGAACACA